GUCACUAACAAAAUCGUUCUAUAACAAAAAACGAACCCGAAACAAUUAUGAUUUCAUAGAAAAAAACAAGUCAAAUUCAAGUGAAGUGUUAAUAUGUCUGUCAGAUCGGGUGCUGCUGUUGUGAUGUGUAGAAAAUUUUCUAUUAACAUAUGUCCGUGUAUUUAGUGUUAUAUAAUUAUUAAUUGAAGUGAUUCAAGAUGCAGAAUUCGAAUUAUUCGGAAGGGCCUCAGGAUCCGGCUUUUAAUUUGUAUAAUUCGGCAACGGAUCAGUCCCGGUCAGCUAACAACAUCCAUCACCAAUCAGCGCCCCCGACCGCCAAUAAUUGGUUCACGGGCGUCAAUCAUCAUCAAGUGCAACAUCCAAGCAAUCAUUUCCAUCAACAGCAUGCGGUGAUGAAUCAGCAACACUAUCAUCAACAACAAGAUCCGCCGCAACCGUUAGGCGGCGCUAGUAACUUUGUAGGUUAUCAGCAGAUAAAUAAUCCGCCGCCAGGACGGACGACGACGUCGUUGCAUGGCCAGACGGCGCAGUUAAAUAAUACAUAUAGUAUCGCGAAUAAACAGUAUGUCCAGCAACAGUUACCUCAACCUCAACCGCAGCCGCAGCAGCACAAUUGGAUGCAACAGCAAAAUUUCACAAAUUCUAACUUUCAGCAAAAUCCAUCGAUACCACAACAAGAACCACAAAACGAAGACGAUCCAUGGGAUUGGGGCUGGGAGGACAAUUCCAAAAAUGCAAACAGGAAACCGAUUCCACCAAAAGCACCAACGGAAAACACUACCAGUAUACAAGAUCAAAUAAGAGAUCAAGCGGAUGCCAUAAUCUCCAGUUUUGGACAAGCCAACGACGCGUCCUGGAAUUGGUCUUUUAACGAUGCCAAAAAGGAGUCACAAAUAGGAAAUAAUAAACCAUUAGCGAAUGCGCCCCCAAAAGUCGGACAGAAUAGUCCGAGGAAUAUUUCCAGCUUGCAGAACGUUUCUAGAAGAUCCAGUGGAUCGAGUACCGGGCUGCAAGGAGAAAAUUUUAAUGCACCACCAACGAUGAUGCCUACAAAUCAAGCUCUAGACAACCUCAAUCAAGGUGUUAAGAAUUUAUCUUUACAAAAUCAUGAUAGGGGUAAUGUAGAAGUGGUCAGUAGUCAGAAUUCAGUGGUGCAACCAGGACCUCCUAAAACUAGUAACGUCUUACCUCCGAUGUCAGGUCCUGGUAAUAUGUCGUUUAGAAGAGCUGGUCAGAUGUCACAUAGAACUGCUAAUAGAAACAUUACAGCGGCGCAAAGUCAAAAUAUUAUGCCUGUACAAAACUUUAUGCAGCCAAGUUUUGACACCACUUACACUUUACCUGAUACUAGCCAAAACAUCGGUUUAAACCAAAAUGAAAUUGGUGAAAAUCUGAAUCUCCAUACAAAUUUAGAGCCUGCAAAUGCAGUAAACCAAAACACUUUUCCCUGUUUCCCAGCUCAGUUGGAUAGUACGAGUAAGAAUCACCAGACACUACAUCAUCAAUCUUUAGAAUCUAAUUUUACCAACCAGCCUGCAAAUUUGUCGGUUCAACAAAACCAGGAACAGGAUUUGGUCAAUCAGUUUACAAUGAGCCAACCACAAAAUAUAUUAACUAGUCAAAAUGUUCCUGAAAUUGAACCGGAGCCGAAUCAGAGUAUGUUUGUCCAGCACAAUUAUGGUGGACAUGAUCACGAAAACUUUGAAAUUAGCGUUGGACAAGAUUUUUCGGUGAAUGAAGAUAGGCGAAAUUUGCAGAAUUUUGAACCACAAGAAGAUAAAACCGCGGUUGUGAAUUCGUCGAUGAAUAUUAGGCAGGAAAAUCCGAACGCGAUUUUUCAACCUAUUGCUCCGCAACCUACUUCUGUAGAGCCAACAUUACCUGCAGUGCCACUAACCGUAGCUCCUUCAACCACAAAUCAAGAACGCAAUGAAUACCUACAAACAAGUCAUCUGUCCGAAGUCAACACGCAGCCACAAGACAGCAACGACGCGAGUUUAGAUCGCGACAAUGGUGAUACGUCCGUGAUUCCUCCAGGACUCAGCAGGAUGGUUCCUGGUUGCCCUGAGGAAAAUUUGGACAGCACAUCAUACAAUCGGCAAGGACCAUCCAUUGGUGGUUAUCCAGAGAGACAUGUACCAGGAUUGGAAAAUGAGGCUUCGGAGCAAGUUGUGGUGCCGCCGUACGAUGAGAGAGUCGUUGCAGGGUUAGAAAAUUUAGAAAGUCGCGAUGAUAGGGAUGAUAGAGAUAUUGUUGGCUCGGAUUCUCCACAGAGUAGUCUUGGUCACAGAGAAAGAGAUGAAAUCAGGUCCGACGUGUUAGAUGGAGCGGAUGAUUUGGAGCGAGAAGUCAACAUGGAUGGGGAAAAUCUUCAAGAUAUACAACAUGUUCAACAACAACAACAAAGCACCUUCAACAAAUCAACAUCAGCGCAAUCGCAACAGUCUCAAGCCCAGAUUUCAAAUAAUUUGCAAGACGAUGCAAACAAUCAACAGUCAUUGAGUGAUCAUGUCAACGAACAGGAUGUCUCAUUGGAUAGAGAUCAUAGGGAAGAAGUCAGUGGUAAAGCCUCGAGUCGUUCUAACAAGCAACACAGACGUCAUCCAUCCGACACCACAGAUGACUCGGAACGAGAUAGAAGAUAUCGCAGAGACAGGGAUCGGGAUAGAGAUCGAGACCGAGAUCGAAACAGGGAUAGAGAUCGCGAUCGCGUGAGGGAUCGAGAUAGAGAUAGGGAAAGAGAAAAGGAUCGGGAUAAGAACCGGGAGAAGGAAAGGGAUCAUCGUGAUAGAGACAGGGACAGAGACAGGGAUAGAGAUCGUGAUCGAGAUGGAAAGAGGAGGCACGAACGGGAUCGUCAUCGCGAUGAUAGGAGAGACAGAGAUCGGGAUGCUGAUUAUCGGGACCACAAAUCUCAUUCCAAUAGAGAUAGACAUCGCAGGCAUAGAGAUCAUCACGGUCGAUAUGAAACUGAAGACACCGAACCAGACUAUUAUAGUGACCGAGCAGGAAGGAAAACCUCAAACAAUCGUUAUGGUAGGGACAAUGAUAGUAGUCCUGAGGAUCGAGAACGCAAUCGGGAUAGAGAUAGAGACAGAGAUAGAGACCGAAGAUAUGGUAGUAGACGAGGUGAUAGAUACGACUACGAUCGCAAUUCGAGUAGAGCAGGGUCAGACAGAGAUCGCAGAGACUACAAAAUGGGCUACAUGCCUCCGGAUCAGUUUUCAUACUACGCUGCAACUCAACAGCAAUUCAGCUCUGAAUUUUAUAAAUAUUAUGAAAACAUGAGACGAACAAAUCCUCAACAGUAUGCUGAAUGGUACCACAAGUUCUAUGGACCACAAGGUGCAAAUGCGAUGGGCAUUACCUCAAGCUCAACUUCCAUGUUUGUCCCCGGUCAUCAAUCUUUAGCAUCUUUAGACCAAUCUGGUGCUCCGAUUCCUGAUGACAGGGCCAGUGUGCAUUCGGGAAGGAGCAGCGCAAACGGAAAGGAUUCACAAAGUAUGCUGCACCAGCAGCAGCAGUAUUAUGCUCAGCAGCAGCAGCAUUAUUAUGUGCAGCAGCAACAGCAGCAUCAGUAUCGAAGCAGGCACCAGAGGCAGGCGUCCAGGACUAUUUCGGAGUUUUCGGAUUCAAAUUUCAGGGAGCUACAGAUUCUCCACCAAGGAAGCCAGCAAGAGGAACAAGACUCGAUGCUCGACUUCACACAAGAUUUAGGUGCAACUUCAUCAAGAUACAAUGAACCUUACACUCUGGACGACCAGCAGGACCUACCACAAUCUGAACCAGUCGAACAACGUUAUACACCUGCCAAAUUUCCUGCUGCACAUGCCAUUUGCAGUGCCAGAGGCAUCAGGUUACUCUGCGCUUUCACCGAUGGUGAAAUCGCCCUGCACGAUUUGAAGGAACUCACUGGACAACAUGAGUGGAGCAAAGAGCUGUCAGACUAUCCCGGUCCACUCAUCAGUGGAGUUACUCACAAGAAAUCAGUGAUCGAGUUCUGCGAAGAGAGGGUUGCUCGUAUUGUCACGUCGUCUUUAGAUGUCACUUCUUUUUCGUACAGUGGCAGACGUCAUCAUUUGCAGAAGAAUGCUGCUGUUGGACAAAAUGGCUCGGAUGCUGAAUCUCGAGCUCUUAUGUGGGAACUCAUGAUUUUGCUGCUGAGACAGAACGGGCGUGUUGUGGGCACAGAUAUAGCAGAGCUGCUGAUGAAAAAUUCGAGUAAUUCUUUGGGAUCUGAAAGAGCUAUGAGCCGUACUGACUCUAUAGCAUCUGUUGCCACAGGAGCUGCAUUCAGCGAUGAACCGGGCAACUUGAAUGACGAUCAAGAAGUCGAUAGCAACACUCCUGCAAGUGAAAAUAAUAUAGUAAGUGGUAGAUCACAGAAGGCAAUUAGGAAGAUUAGUAAGAAUGAGUACGCGCUUUCAAAACUGUCUGAGAAAGAGGUGACUGAUAAGUUCAGAGAGUAUUUGAUAUACGGGAACUGCAAAGAUGCUUUAGAAUAUGCAAUGGCUCAUGCACUGUGGGGACAUGCCUUGUUCUUGGCUUCUCGUCUGCAAGAUGCUCGGUCUUUGGCAAGUUGUUUAGCACGUUUUUCGAGCACUGUAAAACCAGCAGAUCCACUUAAUACACUGUACCAACUUUUGGCAGGACGACAACCACCCGUGGUUACUUGUGCAUUAGAUGAGAAAUGGGGUAAUUGGAGACCACAUCUUGCUAUGAUCCUGUCAAAUAAUUCAGAAAGGCACUCUGAACUGAAUCGAAAGGCUAUUACUACUCUGGGCGACACACUUAUGAAUAAAGGUGAUCUUUAUGCUGCACACUUUUGUUACCUAAUGGCCCAAGUCAGUUUCGGCAAAUACAAAAUCGACAUUGCAAAUUCUGGUGCAUCAGGAAGAUCUUUGAGUCCAGAACGACUUGUCUUGCUUGGUUCAUGCCAUUUGACUGGCGAAUGCUUUGAAGACUUCGCAAAGAACGAAUCCAUAAUGCUGACAGAAGUUUAUGAAUACGCUAAUGGACUUAGUGAUAAUCAAUUUGUCAUACCAGAAUUCCAGCCUUACAAGUUUCUUUUGGCUCUCCGUAUGCUCGAUUGCGGCUUAUCGCAUCGCACCGUGUCUUAUUUAGAAUUAGUCUCUGAAAAUAUUCUUCGGGAUCCUUCCAAGUACGAUCCUGGUUUUAUAAGAAGUGUCUACGACUGGUCAGACAGGCUGAGAUAUUGCUCGGUCGAGGGAGAAGGUUCUGCAGAGGCUGAUGAAGCAGGCAAUGUUGCUUCUGGAGGCGCUGCUACUUGGAUCGGAAGACUGGGAGGUCUUUUGGAUAAUAAACAA